CGGUGCCCUGGCGGAGGAAGCUGCCAGUUGCUAGGAUACGGCCAGCAACAGAACAUCUAAGCAGGAAGAGGAGGCUUCUGAGGACUGGAGAAACCUUUUGGUCUGUAUGUAAUAGCUGUGUUUCUUGAGCAGGAAAAUGUCUGACACAGAGGAGCAUGUUGAUCCUGAGAAAAAAGCCGAGUCCACAGCAGAGAGCGAAGGUACUGCUGAUGUCAUCAGUAUCCCUCGUCCUUUAGAAGAAGCAGAAGAGUCAGAUAUUACUGUAGAGGAGGAAUCUGAAAUUGAAUUCACCACCGAGAGCGAGGAAACAACAGAGGGGCAGAGUGAACGCACCAUUUCAACUGCAAAGUCCUAUGAAGCCAAACCCAGGGAAGAGAUUGUGUCCCCUGAAAACACUGCAUAUUCUCAGGAAGAACAGACACUUCUGGAUUAUCCGAGGCCAGAAGAUGAGGAGAUGACAUUGCUGAGUAAAAUAAAAGCUUCAAAAGAGACUUUGCAGAAAUCAAUAAGUGAGGCUUCAGCAACAGUAAAAUUUGUACUUGUUCCUGUAGCCCAAGAAAUCAUAAUGCCUGUUAGAGUUGAUAUUCCGUUUAGAUAUCUCAAGGAGCACUUUGCACGCCUAUUACGUAUCCCACAUUAUGUACUGCAAAUAACACAUGCAGGAAUAAUUGUUGGGAAUAGUGAAAGUCUAAUCCAAUACGGAGUUAAACCACAAGAAAUUGUGCAAGUGGAGAUAUUUUCCACACAUCCCGAUCAAUAUCCAAUCAGGAGAGUGGAAGGCCUGAGUGAGGGCUCCCAGAUCAUAACAGUCACCAUACAGACGGGCACUGAUCGCUAUGAGGAGGUAGCUGUUGAGAUAGUAAAAUCUGACUUCCACAAGCCAUUUCUCGGUGGAUUUAGACAUAAAACAACAGGAGUAGAAUAUCACAAUGCCGGAACACAAACCAUACCUAGAAAGAUUCCUGAAAAACCCAAUCGGUUUUGUAGGGACACCCAGACAGUUUUUCAGAGGAAAAAGGUACAACAAACUACAAAUACAACAUCCACUCAGAUGACUAAAAUUGGUGUGUAUGUAUCAAACAUGACUGAUAAACUGGUCAAACCAGGGAGGUACUUCACAGCAGCAGAGUUCCACGCUCGGAGAUUGAAGGCGGUGAUAGUGAUACAGACUCGCUACAGGCAAUGGCAUGCUAAGCGGUAUGUAGACAGUUUAAGAGAACAAAAGAGAAAGAGGCUGGAUUGGGAAGAAGAGCAAGAGCUCAAGAAGAUCAGAGAAAAGGAAGAGUGGAUGCAGAUGGACUACUACCGAAGGCACAACCCUAAGACAAGCGAGGACUUUGAGCUCCUUUACAAUGCUCUAGAACUUUGGCGGCAAGAAGAAAUUACACAAAUUGACCAGUAUUCGAGUCAAGCCGAGAGGAAAGCUGCCCUGUGCGAGCUUUUGGAAAAAGAGACACAGAUCAUUUCUUCCAUCGGGAGACAUAGAUAUAUUGCCAAUAUGGAGCGCCAGGAAGCAGCUAUACAACGUUUUCUGGAUAAGUGUUCAGCUCCAAAGACCUGGAGAAACCCUGAUGGCAAAAUCAUUGAAAUGGACACACAGUUCACUCUAAGAGCCAGAGAGCUGCAAAGCAUCUACAAGUGUGUCAUGCUGAGAGACCUCUCUCAGGAUGAAAGGCUGGACAUACUCCUGACGCUCAAGCACACUGUGAAGGAACACGAAUGUAAACUGACCCAAGAAAUCUUAGAGUUGAUUGACAGAGAAGUUGACCUCAUGAUGAGAGGAGUCAAACCUCAUAAUCUUGAAGGACUCAGAAAAAGAAUUACGACACUCUUUUUUCACUAUAUCAAAACACCUCUGUUUAAUCCUGAAGUUGCAAGAUACCUUAAGGUCCCUCAAGACCCACUGAAGUUUUACGAUAAGAUUUAUUUUUGCCACAGUUGCCAGUUGUAUUUGCCUUCUGUGGAAUUUUCUGUGUCACCCACCUCGCAUCGUGUGUACCGCUGCCGACACUGUGUGAACCUUGAGAAUGAGACUCAAAAACGAGAGUCGUUUUUGAAGUACAAGUGUUUACUUCAGCGGCUCUACUACUCAGAAGCCAAUUAUGGGGAUGACUCUCAGAUUGCUUUCCUCAUGCAGCUCCAAGAUAUUAAGUACUUGACAGAGAACAUCUGGGCAUCCCAGUCCAUCCUCAGUGCCUGGGAUGAUCUCAAUGACCUGGUCAUGGUCAGGUGGGAUAAGAAUGUGGAAUGGUCUCCCUGGAACUGCAUUCUUCUCACCAAGGAUGAAGGGGUAGCUCAUCUCAAGCUACAAAGUAUUGAGCAGGGGUAUGGACGCCUUUUUAUUCACAAGAUCAAGCACAAGCAUAUCCUGGCUAAAAAUUAUUUUUCACAGAUUCCAAUGCUUGCUUCACUUAUGCUUCAAGAUGAGGAAGUAGAUGAUAUCAGAAGUAAAUACUGCACAGAUAAGCCACCUAAAAUUAUAGAACCCCAUGGGACUCGACCUUAGGAGGUUCAGGAAUACCAACCUGAUGAUGAGCAUUUUUGUUCUCUACUAAGAGAUUAAUACAGAGGUCAUGUAAUAUGGGAACCACUUUUAUAUUUCCAUUUGUAUUUGUUUUAUUCACAGUAUUUUAAGCUAUAUGACUAGAAAAAAAUCUGUAUACAUGAACCAUUGUUGGGUGAUUAGUAUUCAACAGCCAAACAAAACCUUGGCUUAAGUUUCAAUGAAAAUAGUUCAUUUAACAUAUAUUUUAUGAGUGUAAUUAUUCUCUAUACAUACCUGUAUUUUGAUAUAAGUGUAUUUGGAAUUUUUUACUUUUAUUGUCUAUUUUUACCUUUUAAUUGCAUAAUCCAAGAAAAGAAAAUGUAACAAACAAAAAAUCUGCAUUACAUGCCAUGAAACAAGGCAAACAGUGGAAAUGUUAUUUAUGGAGGAGACUUCCUGUGGGGCAAUGUUGAAGUUCUGUAAAAAGUAUGAACUUGAUCAAAUCAACUGUCAGCCUACUUCUCAAUAAACUCAACAAUAACCUUG